UACAGCAACUUCUAAUGCGAAUUCGUUUCCCACAGCAACUCAUUUUUAAUUCCGGUUUGAGCAGUAAACAUGGCAAAUAGGACUGUUAAAGAUGCAAACAGUAUACAUGGAACAAAUCCACAAUACUUGGUAGAGAAAAUUAUUCGUACUCGAAUUUAUGAAUCAAAAUAUUGGAAAGAAGAAUGCUUUGGACUGACUGCCGAACUUGUCGUUGACAAAGCCAUGGCGUUGAAGUUUGUCGGAGGAGUCUAUGGAGGAAAUAUCAAACCUACACCGUUCCUGUGUCUCACUCUGAAGAUGCUACAGAUUCAGCCAGAAAAAGACAUCAUUGUAGAAUUCAUCAAGAACGAGGAUUUCAAGUAUGUCCGCUUGCUAGGGGCAAUGUACAUGAGGUUGACUGGGACAUCAGUGGAUUGCUACAAAUACCUGGAACCAUUGUACAACGACUACCGAAAAAUCAAGAGUCAGAACCGAAAUGGAGAGUUUGAGCUGCAACAUGUAGAUGAGUUCAUUGAUGAACUGCUACACUCUGAGAGAAUGUGUGACAUCAUCCUUCCCAGGCUUCAGAAAAGGCAGGUCCUUGAGGAGGCGGAGUUAUUAGACACACGCAUCAGCGCCCUAGAAGAGGACCUGGAUGAAGUGGAGACCAGUGACGAGGAAGACGAGGAAGAGGAAAAGCCAGAGAGAGUUCAGACCCCAGAGCCCCACAGACGGAGUUACCGGGACAACGACCGCCCUCGCCGUUCGCCCUCUCCACGCUACAGACGCAGCCGUUCACCCAGACGGAGGAGCAGAUCACCCAAGAGACGAAGCCCAUCCCCCAGACGAGAGCGCCACCGCAGCAAAAGUCCCCGUCGCCACCGCAGCCGCUCCCGAGAGAGACGUCACCGCUCAAAGUCCCCAGGCCAUCACAGAAGCCACAGGCAUCGCAGUCACUCCAAAUCCCCAGAGAGGAGUUCAAAAAAGAGCCACAAGAAGAGUCGAAGAGGGAACGAGUGACCCAUUUUUGUAUUUUGUUCUCUUGGACAUUUCCUCUUUUUGACUUGGAAGCUGUGGCAAAAUGUUUACAUCUGUGUAUGGAAUCACUGUUAUUUUGUAUUUAAUUUUGGAAACUGAUUGCAUUUAAAAAAUAUUUUCAGACCAUGUUGCAGUAAAAAUCUAUCUCCAGUGUAUUUCUAAAAUCUGCAGCUCGUAUGGAGCUGUCCACAACCCUAUACAUCAGUGGAUAAAGUUUCUCAAGGUUUUAAACAUAAGGACCUUUUGUUGUGUGAUCCGGUGUGAUUAUGGCAACACUGGUUAGUAAGAGUCUAGAAAAUAGAACUCAACUCGUAGACCGACCAAAAUUGACCCGUCAUCAGAAGCAUAAUUAGCUGACGUCAAUAAGGGUUUCCGGGCCUCCCGGGUGGCGCAGUGGUCUAGGGCACAGUUCGCGCCCAGGCUCUGCGCCACCCGGGAGGCCCGGAUGGCCGGUAGGGAUAUCCUUGUCUCAUCGCGCACCAGCGACUCUUGUGGCGGACCGGGCGCAGUACGUGCUAACCAAGGUAGCCAGGUGCACAGUGUUUCCUCCGACACGCUGGUGCGGCUGGCUUCCGGGUUGGAGGCGCACUGGUGCGGCUUGGUUGGGUUGUGUUUCGGAAGCUUUCGACCUUCGUCUCCUGAGCCCGAAUGGGAGUUGUAGCGAUGAGACAAGAUAGUAGCUACUAACAAUUGGACACCAUGAAAAGGGGGUCAAAUUGAUAUUUAAAUAAAAUAAGUGUCUCCACUUCUCUAGGCCAACUGCUUUUCAGGAAGUUCCCCGAAGGCAUCCAACAUAUGUAUCCACUCUGGUAGUAUGUCAUCUGUUUAGACCAUGUGUCAAACUCAUUCCCCUGAGGGCAGAGUGUCCCUAGGUUUUCGCUCCUCCCUUGUACUUGAUUGAUGAAUUAAGGUUACUGAUUAGUAAGGAAGUCCCGUCACCUGGUUAUCUAGGUCUUAAUUGAAAGGAAAAAUCUGCGGACUCUAGGCUGUCCGUGGAAUGAGUUUGAAACCCCUGGUUUAAACUCGGCUUCCUGAUGUAAACCCUACUCUUUGUCAAUGGUAGAAUUCAAUUCAACUACAAUCUAUUGAAUAUGGGAUAUUAUUUUAAUUGGAUGUCAAAUGUGUUCACAUUUUUUACGCCUGUAUGGAACCCCUGGUGUUUGUAUUUCAUUUUAGAAACUGAUUGGAUUUUUUGAUAUUUUCAGACAAUGUUACAGAAAGAAUCAAUCUGUAUUUCUUAAAUCUGCAGCUCAUACGCACCUGUCAACAACCCUAUGCACCACACUUAAAUAACUUAUUUUGCCCUCAUUGGAAAUAUUACAAAAAUAAGUGUUAUGGGCAUGAGGAAUUCUUUUAGUCUAAAAACACAAAAAUAAUUAAAUCAAUAGUUUUAUUUGCAUGGCUCAACAAAAAAACAUUUGGCACAAUUUGUUUAGCAGCAACCUGGUCUAGAGCCCAAAGAGCAUAAAAAGAAAAUACAUUGUAUGUACAAUAUGGAAACCUCAAUUUGGUUAACCUCUUUGAUUGGUUAAUUCUUAUCCUUGCUCUUAUUCAUUGUGAGAAGAAAGGUUUUUGAGAAAUUCCCAGAUUUCUGCACAUCUUUGAUUUCUUCCCCGUUGUUCAAUUUUCCUCAAGAUGUUGAAACUCUUUUUACCGUAUUUGUUAGGAUUAGGUAUCUCUGCUGCCUUCUUGUGAUAAUCAAUUGAUGCAUUUCGAUCCUGGAUGUGGAAGUUGCUGUAUUUGGCAUAAUGGAAGUAGAGUAUCUGCAACUCGUCUGGAUCCUGCUCGUUGGAGAAUAAAUUCUCAUAGAUCUGA